AUGGUGUUAAAAUCGGAACAAGAUGGCGUCCGGUCAAUAGACGAAUAGCAGGGAGGCCGGAGGCGCUCUCGAGGUUCGUGGGUGUUCUCAGCCCGGAGCUGGAGAGCCUUUAAGGCUGUAUAUCAUUGACAUUUUUUUCUCUAUCGAAGUGAAAUGGUCGACACGCGAGUGAAAUGAAAAAUGUUCCAUAAAGAAGUGCAUAUUACGUAUGCGUCGGCCUGAAUGUGCCGUGUUUCUCGAACUCGAAAGAUGCUGCCGUAUAAAGCGACGACAGAGAAGGCGCCUUCGCGAAACUGUCAGGAAGAUCGUCGUCGUCGUACGUGAGUCAGUGCGCUCGGUGGAUUGAAAGAAGGCACGUACGUACAAAAUGGCUUCGGGCGACAAUGUGGACGUGAUUGAAGUGGUUGAGACAAGCUUCACUGGCCCGGUACAGGCCACAGAGGAUCAUCUCCGACCGGAACAGUACGCGGACGAGGACAAUAAAUCUACAGGGGAUAAAGUGACAACACUUGACAAUUCGGUAGUGCAACAUGGCACCAUCGGGCCCAAAACCUCUUCGGGGGUAUCAAGGAACAAAUCAGAACGGGAGAGAAAGAUUGGCCAUAGAAGAGUUGGAGUGGGAGGUGAAAUUACGUACAAAAAGAUUCAAACGACACAAAUUAUGGGAUCCAUCCAGUUAGGUAUUCAACAUGCGGUUGGUGGUUUGGCCAGUAAACCAGAACGUGAUCUAUUGAUGCAAGAUUUCAUGACUGUAGAAACGACAAAUUUCCCAAGCGAAGGAUCUAAUCAUACUCCGGCUCAUCAUUUUUCCGAGUUUAAGUUCAAAAAUUACGCACCCAUUGCAUUUCGUUACUUUCGGGAUCUCUUCGGUAUUCAACCGGAUGACUUUUUGAUGUCAAUGUGUAGCGCUCCAUUACGUGAAUUAUCGAAUCCCGGAGCUAGUGGAAGUAUCUUUUAUCUAACAGAUGAUGAUGAAUUCAUCAUAAAGACUGUACAACAUAAGGAAGGAGAAUUUUUGCAAACACUUCUUCCAGGAUAUUAUAUGAAUCUAAAUCAAAAUCCAAGGACAUUAUUGCCAAAAUUCUUUGGGUUAUACUGCUAUCGGUGUAAUAGUAAAAAUGUUAGACUAGUUGCUAUGAAUAAUCUUCUACCCUCAUCUGUGAAACUACACCAGAAGUAUGAUUUAAAAGGAUCGACAUACAAAAGAAAGGCAUCGAAAUUAGAAAGAUCUAAAAACUCUCCAACAUAUAAAGAUUUAGAUUUUAUGGAACAUCAUCCGGAAGGGAUUUUUUUGGAAGCGGAUACAUAUAAUGCUCUAGUGAAAACUAUUCAAAGAGAUUGUCGAGUUUUAGAAAGCUUUAAAAUUAUGGAUUACUCUUUACUCGUUGGUAUUCAUAAUCUUGACCAGGCUGCAAGAGAGAAAACGCAGGAACAAAGAUUACUAACGAGUGCAGAGGAAGAAGUUGGUGAAGUUGGAGGUGAGAGUGCAGGAUUCAUUCAAGCAGAACGAGAUGAUAGAAUAGGAGCUAGCGCUCUAAACCGAUCGCGGAGUAUAAAUCGACAAAGGUUAGUUGCGCACAGUACCGCUAUGGAAAGUAUUCAGGCUGAAAGCGAGCCCAUAGACGAAGAGGACGAUGUACCCAGUCCAGGUGGAAUUCCUGCUCGUAAUGCUCGUGGUGAACGCCUGUUACUUUUCCUUGGUAUUAUUGAUAUUUUGCAAAGUUACAGGCUCAAGAAAAAAUUGGAACAUACUUGGAAAUCGAUGAUACACGAUGGUGAUACCGUGUCAGUACAUCGACCAGGUUUUUACGCGCAACGUUUUCAAGAUUUCAUGGCGAAGACAGUAUUCAAGAAGAUACCGUCACUGGACCUGCCUGAGAUUAAGGGGAAUCAUCGCAAAUUCCGUAACCUCGUCACCAGCUACAUAGUCUUUGCUCAAACAUUGAAACAUUCCCCGUCGAAGAGAAAAAGCAUAACCAGGCCACUCAGGCCGUUGGAUGGAGAUUUCGAUUCAACUGCGGUGCCGACAACCGGAACUUCGACAAUGCAUGCUACGUCACCCACGAAAGCUGGUGGCACCCUUCCCUCCACUUGCUCUACCCCGCCCCCGCCCUUUGACGAUGCAGUGCGCUCAAACGACCAAACCUUGGCUUCUGGUGGUCAACUUCAACAGGGUGCACCGACCACAAUGUUAGCGAGCAGCCUGAGCACUGCUCAAUCGAAACAGAAUAAGGUUGUUCACCAUGUCACUCUUACAAAGACUUAUCACGAUGCCGUGAGCAUAUCUGACGUGCAUUUGGAAAGCAGCGGUAGCGGAAGCGGAAGUGGCGGAAGGGAAACAAAGUCGUCGUUGAGCGUGGAAAGUGGUGGAAGCAGUCGAGGAGGUGGUGGAUUCACCUGGACACCACCCGCGGGCAGCGCCGAGGGCUCGACGCCCACCUGGACAGAGGGCACACCGUCCUUCACUGAGAGUUCCAGCAGCGGUGAUGCAGGUUGGUCGACCACACCGAUCAGGGGGCGUCAGGAUGAUGGAGGGAGGAUUGCUACCACUGUCGAGGAGGCGCUAGCCAGUCUCACUACGGAAAUGGAGAUACUGCAGCACGAGUGAAUGCAAAGCAACUCGUCGUCCCUCUAAGCUUCGUCGAUUCAGUGAGGUUUGGAUAUGGGUCUGGUGCGCCGUCGUAGCGACGAAUCUUCGAAAAAAAAAAAAAAAAACGAAGGAAAAAACGAAAUCGUGGAAGGGAGCGUUUGAUCGCGAAUCAAGACGGAUGAUUGAGAGUCGAGGGAGUGAAUGCCGAACAAACACAACGUAAUUUAAUCAUAAUCAUUCCUUCUUAAACAGUAUUAUCGUUACACGAUUCACAAAUAGUUUAUCAUAUUCGAUUCUGUACUUAACGAACACCUUCUGUGAGAAAUAUUCGUCUCGAUUCGCGAGUUAUCGAAAUAUUAAUCAUCCAAUGUGUGUCAAUCUCGCAUUUACUCGUACGGUAUAAAUUUAUGAUUUAAAUAGACGAGUUCUCGCGAAGCGAAUAAGGAAUCGAUGAAAAAGAAAAAUGAUUCCGAAGCUUUGGAGAUCGUCAAAGGGCCAGAAAGCUUAUACACCGUGAUAAAACUCGGCCUACAGUAUUAGAAGAUUGUAUAAUACUCGACACUCGUUCAGGAUCCAUACAUCCAUCUUGAAAUUGGCGAAUCAUCAUUCCAAUUAUUUCUUUUUGUAUAUCGAGUCUCGUAGGCACUCGUUGAAAUUCUAAUCGACGGAUAGUUAAACGUAAUAACGUCACGUGUUUUGAGACGUAUGAAUAAUUAUAUUAAUAAUUAAAAUUUUAGUUAAUUCAAUUGUGUAUCGAUUAAUUAUAAGUGUGCACGAUUGCGAGAUUGCAGAUCGAAUAAAAAAUUCGAGUAAGAUCGUGUAAAAGUUUUGGUAAUCUCUCUUUCGAUUCCGAAUUUUUCCGACUCGAGAUUUAAUUCUCGAAUCACAGAACGAUCACGCACACUUUCAAUCACAUUGUCUUCUGAUUAAUUAUCCUUUUCGAAAAGUGUUCGAAGGAAAAAGAACACGUGCCAUUAUUACGAUUAACUCGUUUUCUCGUUGCUUGUUCAUAUCUAGCACUAUGAAAUCAAAUGAUCAUCGAAUCAUUGAGCUUUACGAAUGACAUUUAGGUUAAACGCGAUGUAAGAUUAUCACGAGAAAUAUUUACUCAUAUUACCUCUUAUCAUAACUGACAAUUACCUCUUGUUACAUCAGUUAGUUAUAAACGUUAAGAGGAAGGCGAUCGAGGGGGAUGAAAGUCGUAUAGCGAGGAGAUGAAACGAGUUCUAUACGGUCGCGAAUGAAAAUGUAAAUAAUACUUAUGAUCUAAUUAGGAGGCAGUCCUCAAUCCCGUUUUUAUUACGAUAAUAUAAUCACCGGUCGUGUAUAUGUACCUAUAUGUGUCUCACGUUUUGUCUGUCUCUUCUGUACGUAAUUAUAUAUAUACUUAUACAUAUGUACACACAUUAAAUGAAACAUGUAUACCACAUUUACACUCCUAUUCAAAAAUCUUAAGAUAUUUCUUCUAUUUUGAUCGAAAUAAUUGGAUAAAUUUAGAUUAUAACAUUAAGUUAAGUUGAUAGAUUUAUACGAUAAAGGAAGUAACAAUACCGAUAUAUUUUUAAUAAAAAAUUCAUGAUUUAUAUCGAAUAUUAAAAUUUAAUUAGAAAUAGAAAAUGUCCUAAGAAUUUUGAACAGGAAUCUAUAUCGAGAUGACCGGUGAAUUCUAAGAUGAGCUUUGAGUUUUAUUUACUCGAGAUUAUUAUCAUACAGAAUAACGUUACAGAUAUUUUUUACUCGGGAAUUUAUUCUAUUUCGAAAAAUUUAAGUCUUCCAAAAUUUAUCUCGAUAAAGGAAGAUUCUCGUUUCAGAAAUAUUUUAUACAACUAAUAAAAACAAGGUUGGUAAAAGAAUAAAAGAUUACAAAUUAUUUCAAAGCUCGAAAAAGAAUUCUCUGACCACUUCGAUGCAUAUUAUAAAUAUAACAACUGCGCAAACUGUAUUAUACGUGAUACGAUAAAGGAGAGUGAUUGACGGGAAUUCCGAUGGUGUACGUAUUAUAUAUAUAUAUGAAUGAGCAAAAGUUUAUAUAUAUAUAAAUAUUACAGUAGUCGCAGAACAAAAGAAAAAAAAAGAAAAAGAAAAAGAAAAAAAAGAAAUUAUGUAAACGCGUUGCUAAUAAGCGUGAGAGUUAUCGUGAACGUUUUGAAAAAAAACCAAAAUGUUGUUCAAUUACACGUACAUACACGUAUUAUAAUAUAUUGUCCUCAAUGAAACGCUUUUGACAGUCGAUAUAUUGUAUUUAGGAAAACGGUGGUAAAAAAAAAAAAUCUAGUCGCAUCUCGGUGAUCGGUCCAUAUUAUUUCCUUCUUUCUCCGAGAACAUUUUAUUUCGUAGCUUUAAUCGCGUCUUUCGCUCUCUAACAUUUCUUUCUUUAGCUUUGUGUAAAAAAAAAAAAGUCACUUCGUUUUUUAAGUUAGCGUAGUUGUUCUCUCCUUUUACUUUUUCUAUUUCUAUAUUGUGAUCAAUAUACUAAGCAUGUUUCGAAAUUAAUUCGAUGUGUUACUUUGUUCCCUAUUUUUCAAUCUACGAUUUAACCAUUGAAAUCCAAGGCAAGUAACAAUGAAUAAACGAGCCAUUUAACAAAUGCGUUUCGAUAAUCAUUCAGUGUAAAUUUCUUCGAAUACAAAUUGAUAUUUACACUCACAUCUCCAACGAAAAUUCUAUUAUUUCCAUUGUGAUCGAUUUUCAACGAGGAAACGUGACUCGCGCGAAACGUAGUAGGUAUAAAUACUCGAUAAGAAGCAAGGAACAAACUUACGCGUCACGUUUGCUAUGCCUUUUCGUUUCAAAGGUUAAAUCGAUGAAGAAAAGCUUUAUUCCUCCCCGUGGACAUAGAUUGAAUGACCGAGAAAAAAAUGGAAAACAGAAGCUUGAUAAAUUCGUAGCUUUGUUAAACUCGAGAUACUCUUUCAUGGGGUACCAUCAUGGUAUUAUCAUUAUUGUUAUAAUAUAAAUAUCGUAGCUAUUAUAACGAAAGGACAGUAACAGUGUUUAUUAGCGAUCUUGAAAGUGUGAUAUUUUUUUAAUGAACAUAUCGCAUCGUACGUUCAAGUUCUGCGAGUGAUUUCAAUGCUUGCACACUUGGAGGGAUGCUUCAAGUAAUAAUUCAGGGAGGAUUAAGAUGAGAUUUAGAUCAAGAUCGAAAGAAAUGCGCUUGGAAAAGAUUUCGUGCCAAUUGAAUAAAAAUAAAAUCCUAUACCUAUACCUAAUCUUACGAUAAUCAUUGUAUUAAAAUUAAAUAAGAAAAAAUAUAAUAAUGUUUUCAAUAAUAUGAAAUUGGUUGCCAAUCUUAUUAAAAUAAGAAAGAUUUAUCUUUCUUCUGUAAUUAUUAAAACAUUCAUAGAAAAAAGAUUAUGUUUUAAACGAGAAAAUAAAGGAAAAAUUUAUUAAUGAUUCUCUCUAAGCGCAAUCGAUCGAAGAUCGAAGAUCCGUCGCUUUUUACGCUUCUCUUUGUCGCAUAUUUUAAUUGUUUGACGAUGAUCGUUUACAAGUUGUUAAACCGGCAUAUACCAUAUAUCUUCCAUCUAUGUUGUUUCGUGUGUGCUUUGAUCGAUCGUGUUAAUCCUCUCACGUUAACCUCCUGUUUUUAAUUAAUUCGAUUUAUCAAAAUUAUCUGUUUCUCCCUUUGAUGUGUUCCCUCUUCCACUGUUUUCUUAUUUCAGUUUUCAUUUUGCAACUAAUCUGAUUAAUCUUAAUCGUUCCACUGUAUUUAUUUGCAUCAUUAAAAGCACAACUAUACGAAGUCAAUCGAAUGAAUUCUCAUUGGAAGCAAUAGAAAUGGAAGUGAUAGAAAAGAAUUGAUAUUUUUUGUGCUCGAAUUCAGAAAGAAACGAACAACAUUGCGAAGGGUCUUGUGGAACAGAGAAGAUCCUUUUCGUCGUACACACGGGUGAGAACGAGUUUCAAACGCGGCGGCACGAACGGGUCAAUCAUAAGGAGCUUGCAAAGAGUGUUGAGCGUACAACGUCGGGAGCCAUAAGGAUGAACAGAAACUGGGGCUAUGGGACGAAUCGAAAUAUUUUAGAAAUAAUUCAACGAUGUUCACGCGUAUAUUUCGUAUAUAGAAAGAUGAAUGGAAUUGAAGAAAACCAAAAAGCAAUUAAUUAAAAUUAUCAUCGAAAUCUGUGAUCACG